AUGAGUUCAUCCAAAAAGCCAAAACUUGCACCAGAUAACGACACUGGUUCAUCAUCAGAAGCUAUUGAAACAGACAUGAAGGAAAUCGGUCCUUGGGUUACCACAAUAAUCUCAGAAUCCACUGAAAAUUUUCAAAAAAACAAUAUUGGCAAACGCUUCAUCAAUGGUGUAUCUGAUGCAGAUAUAGGGAAAAUCAAAGAGUUUUUUGUUGCUAUUAACACGAAGAUUGAAGAGAAAAAUAGGAAUGAAGACUAUAAAGGGGCAGACCUGGAAGUUGGAAAGCUAAAAAUUACUGAUUAUGUUCAGCCAUUGCAAGAGUGGGCUACGAUUGUGGCAGCGGCAGAUGCAACAGAUGUGGUUACAGCCCGACAGUUGUUUCAUGAAAUUCAGAAAAAACUGACAACACAAAAUGAGAUUAACGGAUUCCCAAAGGACUGGAUCCUCGAUCUAACUUGCAUUGCUGACAUCAAUUGGAAGAAUGCUAAUGCUGAUGCUUUAGGAUAUGAUCUUCAGUCACUGAAGCUCAAAUCUAGACCAGCUUAUCAUGAGAAUGAGAAGAUAAAGGUGCUAUUCUGGUGGAAUUUGGGGAAAAGAAAGGAGUGUUUUGUGCAGUAUGGCCCGGAUGAGUGCUGCAUUUACCGAAUUGAGGCCGAAGACUAUCACUCCUUUGAUGAAACGAAGGUGCGACAAAUCGCAACCAAGGAUCGACGUUCAUUGAACAAGAAUCCUAAAUACACUGAGAAAGACAUCAAAAAAAUUUUGGGAGUAGCCUGGAGGUCGCCAGAUGAACAUCAACCUGAUCAACUUCAAUACAUCCGUCCCCCUGAAUCUAAGUAUACGACGAAAGAUGUUUCCUUUCCCAGAACUGAAGUUUACAUUCUUUUCAAUGAUGGGGAGCUGUUGUUGGAAGCCAGAGGUGGAUUUCAACGCCUUACAGGGCGUCGUAUUCUUGCUGAUCGAAUGAUUUAUACGGUGGCUGAGGAUAUGGAAACACGCUUCAAAAAUUCCACUGGUGGUGAAGAUGCUGACAGUCAUAUCAAAAAGGAACAUAAUGCCACUACACGCUCAAAGGAAACUUGGGAGAAUGAGCUCAAAAAGGAGGUUGAAAGGCUGCAAAAAGCAAUCGAGCUUCUGCAGAAGCCAGCCACCAGUUAG